AUGGAAUCUUUCUUUUGCUCCCUGACGAAUGGCUGUGGCUACACCCUCGACCCACUAUUCUCAUACCGUUCCCGUACGGAAACACAAUACAUAAUGUUGCCUUCGUUUCUGGCUGCUUCGGCAGCAUUUCUCUCGCUCUCGACCCUAUCACGAGCCAUACCUCAACCUGGGUUUGAAGGAAGGCAGCUGUCUACGGCUACAACCACCGCCAUCGGUGCAACAUCCUCGGAAGCAUCCAUUUCUCAAACAGCAGACUCAACAAGCACGAUUGCCUGCAACAAUUCACCAUUACUCUGCAACCGGAACUACAACAACAUAACCCACAUGGGGGCUCACGACUCCGCUUUUCUUCGAGAUAAGAGCACAGGCUUCUCUGUGUCCGGCAACCAAUUUUACAAUGCUACAACAGCACUCUCCGCCGGCAUUAGAUUAUUACAAGCCCAAGUGCACAACCAGAACGGCACCCUCGAGUUAUGUCAUACGGAUUGCAGCCUGUUGGAUGGCGGGUCUCUCGAGACAUUCCUCUCCGACGUAAAGUCUUGGAUGGACGCCAACCCCAACGAAGUGGUCACAAUUCUCCUGGUAAAUAGUGAUAACGAACCUGCUGCUAGCUUCGGAUCUGCCUUUACCUCCUCCGGUAUCUCGAAAUAUGGUUAUACACCCACAUCGACGUCGGGCCCUAUAUCUAACUGGCCGUCCCUUCAGACGCUCAUUACAGCCAAUACCCGCCUUGUCACCUUCAUUGCGAGCAUAACCUAUGAUAGCACAUAUCCAUAUCUCCUCCACGAAUUCGACUACGUCUUUGAGACCACCUUCACUGUCACCUCCUUUUCAGGUUUCAACUGUACCCUCCAGCGGCCCUCCACCCAAUCCUCCGCCACAUCCGCGAUCUCAGCGGGAUACAUGGGCCUCGUGAACCAUUUCGCUGACACUGCAGAGAGCUUCGGAAUAACGAUUCCUGACAUAGAUAAUAUCACCACAACCAAUUCUCCUUCGACAAAUACAACCGGCGCAUUGGGAACGCACGCGGCGCAGUGUGAGAACGAGUGGGGAGUCAGGCCUACGUUUAUGUUGGUGGACUUUUGGAAUGUGGGACCGAGUAUCGAGACCGCAGAUAAUCUGAACGGAAUUGUAGCGACCGGUAGAACGAACGUCAGUACGGCAGAGCUGACUAGCAGUUCGAGUUCGAGUGACGGGGUGAGGGGGAAAGGGUUUGUCAAUUGGGCCAAAACAGUGAUGGUGGCGAUGACCGUCAUUGCUCUGGGGAACUUUGCUUGGUUGUGAGAAUCACGUAUGGGCUUUUUGAUUUGCAUAGCGUGGGUGUUAGGGAUCUAGGAUAUGGGAUAUGGGACAUACAAACAGGUGCAUCUGAGUAUGGGAAAUAUGUAUUGGGAGGGGAUUAAUGACCACUGUAUACUGUAUGUAUACUACGACUUUUUAUUGGGUACUAUCAGCUCUCAACCUAAAGUAUAUCUUCUUAAACGUUUGCCAAGAAAUACAAUUAUACUCGGAG